AGCAACAAAGAUAUGGAAAAGUUUGAACUCCAGCAUGGAUCACUAGCUCUAAAGCGAUACAAAUAUUCCGAGAUCAAGAAAAUGACCAAAUCCUUCAAUGAGAAGCUUGGUCGAGGAGGAUAUGGUAGUGUCUACAAAGGUGUAUUACCCGAUGGAUCCCUUGUUGCUGUCAAGGUUUUGGUCGAGACCGAUAGCAAUGGAGAAGAAUUCAUAAAUGAAGUUGCUAGCAUUAGCAGAACCUCCCAUGUCAAUAUUGUCAAUCUUUUGGGGUUUUGUAAUACUCGAAACAAGAGAGCUAUAGUCUAUGAAUUUAUGCCCAACAAAUCAUUGGACAAGUUCUUGAUCAAUAGUAAUGGAUCAGUUGAUAGUACAAAUUGUCCCUUGGAUUUGGACAAAUUGUACAAGAUUGCAAUUGGAGUUGCCAAAGGUUUGGAAUAUCUGCACACCGGGUGCAAUACUAGUAUUGUUCAUUUCGACAUUAAGCCUCAGAACAUUCUUUUAGACGAGGACUUCUAUCCCAAGAUAUCCGAUUUUGGGCUUGCUAAACUGUUCAAGAACAAGCAAAGUAUAAUAUCAAUGCUUGGAGCAAGAGGCACAAUCGGGUACAUCGCUCCAGAAAUAUUCUCCAGGAAUUUCGGAAGAGCUUCUCAUAAAUCUGAUGUUUAUAGCUAUGGAAUGAUGGUUCUUGAAAUGGCUGGAGCGAGAAAAUUUGACGAAAUCGAGACAACUGAUCAAAUGAGUGAUAACUAUUUUCCUGACAAACUGUAUGAGCAAGUGAUACUUGAUGCUAAAAUGAAAUUAGGUGAUCUCGUGAUUAAAGAGGAAGAAGAAACAUCAAGGAAAAUGUUUUUGAUCGGAUUUUGGUGCAUUCAGACAUCACCAUCGGAUAGGCCAUCGAUGUCUAAGGUUGUCGAGAUGUUAGAAGGAAGUCUUAAAUCCAUACAAAUUCCACCAAAGCCGUUCCUCUUUUCUCCUACUGUAUCAGGCAAUGGAAUAUUGUCCUCGUUAUCAACAUACGACGGGGAGGGACUUUCAACAAAUGGUCCUAUAUAGAUAUCCAAUUCAAUGUGUUGUUUAGAGAACGUCACAUAUUAAUACCAUGUUUGGGUGUUAUUAUUAUUAUUAUUUUUGUAAAUUGUGUUCGAGUUUAAAUGUAUGUACAAGGAGAAUUAAA